AUGUCACCUACUGUCAUUGCAAUAGUUCAAGGAUUUCAGCAGAGCAUGUUGUUCACAUCGGUGCUUCCAAAUUUCAUCAAUGAAUUGACUGUUGAGGAUGUAAAAAGUUAUAUCAGGUAAUUGUAGUUGUGAAUGUAAUAGGUAAUGUAAGUUCUCAGGUUAACACUGUAUUUAACUAUUAGGGUUAGCUUAACCUGAUUCUUAAGCCGGUGACAUACACCUAAACAUGAAUUUGUUGAUCAAGUGUAACAUGCCUUCUUGAAUCAUGUUUAAAUACGCCAUUCAACAUAUUUAACAAAAAUGUUCAACAAAUUCCAGCACACAGACAACUGGCACCCCAAACACAAAGGGGAACCUACAAAAUACAGUUCUUUAUACUUUAUCUAACAGCUAAUGUUAACCGGAUGUAGUUUGUGAACUCGGUUUGGCAAGAGUGCUGUUAAAUACCUUACUGACAGAGGCUAAUAGGAUAAAGACGAUGACUGUGCGAUAACUGUUGUCACUUCGGCUUUAGGCUAAGCUAGGCUAGCAUGUUGCCAUGGAUGAAAAUGUGUCCAAUGUGUUAACAUUACAAUAAUUUCUUGCCUUUUCGAAAGAGAGUGCCGUUACGAAAUUGUGGGCUUUUCCCUCUGUGCUGUGGACGAGAACUGUACUAGACUGAAGCGGCAUGACUUGUGAUAAACUUGGAGGGCUGACACAAAUGCUUUUAACUGCUUUGUUAGAUGGAAUUAGGGUGGAAGUCACCCAACUCCGGACCAAAUACUAGAACUGUAUUCCUGGCAAUCUCCCAAACCAGUUAUCAGCCCCCUGAUUCAAGGCAUCCACUGUUUUAGUAGUAGCAAAAGAGGAGUAGACAUAAGCGCAUGUUGACCAACAACGCCCUCCUGACAGACGUUGGAAAUUAUAAAAAAAUAAGCCAGUCAUAAUUCUCACUGUUAUAUAGGAUAUCAGGCAAUGGUCAUGGUGUUUACUAUUCUUCUGUGUAUUUUUUUUGUUUAUAUAUCACAGCAUACUUCAGAAGAUUCUGGAGCAUGUUAUCACCGCUGUCCCUGCAUCUGGUCCGCAAGUAUUGCAAAUGGCAACAGAUCUUGCUCAUAAUCUAGUUAUGGGCUCUAACGAGCUUGAAGCAAAGGAGAGCGGACACUCAGCCAUAGAGUUCCUUUCAAAACUGUGUUCAAUCAUUGCAUCAAAGGUACUUAGUUCUAUCCCGUGAGUUAUUUGAUGAAAUUUCGCUCGUGUUAAAUUGUGUGAAGGUAUGUUAUGCGUAGUUGUUCAGACGCUAAAACAUUUUAUUGUGUGAUUUUUACCUUGUGUUGAAAAAUAAUACUAAUUCAAAUAAAAAGUAUGUCGUUUGAGCAUUUUAGUUUAUUUUGAGCCAGGCGUAAAACGUUUCUUCUCUGCUUGCUUGAUUAGGCCUCAUAUAGAUGCUUGUAUUUCCUUAUUUUUAAGGACGACGGUCUACAAGUUUAUCAAGUAUGCCCUCCAGCGGGAACGUUUUACAUGCAGCCAUUAGUUCAGGUAAAAUCGUCGUAGUAAUAAAAUUUGUCAGUUCUGUACUGUCGUAAAUAAGUAACAUAGCCUGCAUAUCCACGGCUGAUACUAUUUAAUUUUUAUUAUUUAUUCCAUGAGGACAUAGGAUAACGAUCGAGUUACGAGUCUGAGUUGAGUUAACUUGCGAUCAGGUUUUUUUAUAUAGAUGCUUCCUUAUUUUUUAGGAAGAUGGUCUACAAGUUUAUCAAGUAUGCCCUCCAGCGGGAACGUUUUACAUGCAGCCAUUAGUUCAGGUAAAAUCGUCGUAGUAAUAAAAUUUGUCAGUUCUGUACUGUAGUAAAUAAGUAACAUAGCCUGCAUAUCCAUGGCUGAUACUAUUUAAUUUUUAUCAUUUAUUCCAUGAGGACAUAGGAUAACGAUCGAGUUACGAGUCUGAGUUGAGUUAACUUGCGAUCAGGUUUUUUCGUCUGAUCGCAGGUUAGAGUUGCGUUUGAGCUGUGAUGAGUUAGGUUUGAGUUACCGUUUUGGGCGUUAUUUUUAAACUCUGUGAAUGCAAAUGAUGGCAAAUAUUAUCGGGCGUUACAAAUAUCAAGUGCGUAAAUUCAAUUAUUUUUAUAUCUUACAAAAAGGGAAAGGGUGUACACAGCCUUUCCCCAUCUUUGCCUUCAUCAAAAAAUCCCGCCGAUAAUCUUUGCCAUCAUUUGCAUUCACAGAGUUUAAAAGUUAGAAAAACUAGAUUAAAAGAUAAAAGUGAAAAAGUCUUCAGCGAGCUUCGUUCUACAGUUAGUAACGUUUUUAUAGAAGUACAGCUGGCCUGAUUUUGUGCCUUAGGGUGUAGGGGCAGGUAUCGUCUAGGCGCAGUGUUGGUAGAAGAGGAUGAAGAGGGUGUUAAGUCCUUCAUUUUGCACAUGUACUCCUCACAUAUCUUAUCUCUCCUGCACGCUGGGGUUUCCACCCGUGCUAAGGGCAUCUGAGUAGCCAUCAGCACACGGAAAAAUUAUCUUAAGUGCCCUUUUUUGGAUUCAAUUUUGAAUCCAUACAGAAUUUAUUGGAUGCAGGAUAAAGGGUUACAAUUGUUUACUAGUUAUCUAACAGCAGGACAACAAUUCGUGUUCUUUAAAAGUGUAAUAUCCCCACCCCAGAAUGUCGCGAUUAGAGGGGGAGUUCGCAGAGAAGCAUUUUAGGCCCCCUCUAUUUAUCCUUUAUGUGAAUGAUAUGCAACGUGUUCUCCAAAGAGCCUCCACCUUUAUGUACGCCGACGAUUCAGUUGUUUUUACAUCCGGUCCAACUACAUUGAAGAUGUGCUCAAUUAUGAAUUUGAAAACGUGCUCUAGUGCCUUCAAUCCAACAAGAUGAUAAUUCCCGGCCAAACCAGUAUGUAUGCUUUUUGGAACUCACCAAAGGUUAGCUCGAGCCCCAAGUUCAACCAUCAGGAUUGGAAAUAAGACAGUAAAGUAAGUAUCCACGAACAAGUACCUGGGCGUUCACCUCGAUAGUGGUCUAACUUUCGAGGAACAUGUCAAUAAGAUGGCAAAGUAGUUCUCAUAGCAGCUGGGUGCACUCGGCAGGGUAAGACCCCACCUAACAUCAUCUGUAUCUAAUACCAUCUAUAAAGCCUUUAUUUUCCCAAUCUUGGAUUAUUGGGAUAUAUGCUGGAGCAGUGUGGGAUCUACCCUGGCGGAGCAACUUGAGGCUUCAAACGAGUGCUGCUAGGGUUGUGCUAAGAGAAGGAUCAAGCAAUGACCCCGUGUCACAGCUUGGCUGGACUAAACUACUUUGUUGGUGGUAACUACAUCUGUGCACCUUCAUUUUCAAGUGUUUGAGGGAACUUGCACAUAUAGAACUUUCAUCUCUUGCACAGCGAGUCAGCCAUAAUUAUAAAACGAGGAGCUCUGAAUUGAACUUAAUUUUGUACUUCCGGCUGUGCGAACUGAAUUUAGAAAAAGAUCAAUAAUGUUCCAGGGAGCAAGGUCCUAAAAUGAGCUCCCGGACUCAGCAAAGCAGUGCAAAUCUUUACCUCAAUUCAACAAGAUACUGAGGACUUGAACUUUGCGCUUUCACUAUCUCUAGAUCUCCGAAAAAAGAGCAUCUGAAGUCGGAUUGCGAUGGCUCACGUUAUUCUUUAUUGUUUUUCCUGGACACGUUUCAGAGACAGUUACGGAAAAUAUAUGGGCGUCAGAUUCAUCUUCAGCAUCUGCGAGGCCGCGCUGGUGUUUUUUUGUGGCCGGCAGAGAACCAGGCUGACUUCCGGUUCAGUUCAUAGUACUGGACUCAUUUAGAAGAUUUUCGUAGGGAAAGCGUUGUUGGCUUUAGCUGCCGUUGAUUUUCACGUCCCCUUCUUCGUACAAAAAAGAGGCCGAGGUAAAACCAGGCCGUGCUCUGUAGUUGUGCAGGACUCAAGCUGUUGGCCGGUCCGAGUUCGCCGCUGUCGAAGAGUUUCUUCAUCUGCUCUUUUAAAAUUGUUUUAUUGUGAACGACGCCGGCAAUUUUUCCCGUCUUUCUUUCUUUCACGAACGCCGGCGUCUAACACUUCAUUUGCUUGUGUAACAGCGGGAUCAGCGAUUAUGCAGAAAGGCUUAUUUUGCGGUGGAGAGCGGAGAAAGCGGUCAAUGGCGUCUCUUAUAAAUUUCAUGGAGGUACCUUUGUAAAAAUUACUUCUUUCUGAAAGACUAAGCCCAUCAAACACGCAUUUAGCUCUUCUUUGCACAUUUCUUCUAAUGGUUUUGAAAACUUACUUCCCCAAGGACUUGCAAGCCAUUAUGAAAAUUUCAAAGGUAAUCUUUGCUUUUGUUGUUGUUGUUGAUGUUACAUCAGUACUUAAGGUCUUGACGCAUAGAAGAAUUAUAACUUCAGUUGUAACGAAACUUCGGAGAUACUUACCAUUGAAUAAUUUCAAACCAAAAAGUUUGUUUGUUCCGUUCAAUUUCAGUCAUGUUUGUUUAGUUAAGGUAUCAUCCACCCUCAAGCACCCUCCCCGCGUUGAUCGGCGCUAGCGCUUUUGCUUUUAAUAAAUACCCCCAUAAACCGUACAUUUUCUGAAAGCUUAAUAGUUCCAGAUUAAGCUUAUUCCUUUUAAAAAAUCAAAAUAUUAAUUCGAUUCAGAAGUGAAAAGCUUUUUGUGGAAGUGGGUGUCACUGUAAAUUUAAGUCAAGGCCAGCCAAAAAUAAACGAAAGAAGCCAAUUAAGAUCACAUUCGCUUCUUAACACGUUUGACUUAAGAACCGUGUCUCAGAUUUUUGUCAAGUGAGUUUGUUCUUUUGUUAUAAGCAGUUGAAGUUGGGGAUAACAAAUCAUUAGCACUACCUGUGAAAAAAUACUCUUACUCGAAAACGAAAAAAGAAAUCAAAAAUUCGCAGACACGGUUUUUUAGAAAAACUAUCUGACAGUAAGUUGGCCAAAUUUCAUCCAAAUUUGGUUUGGAGUUUAAAACGUACCCUCAACUUGCUCUGAUUUUCAUUUCGAGAAAACAGGGGAAAAAGUUGCCUGCGUCGCAGACACUCUAAACUUCUAUAUAGAGCGUCUGCGAAUUAUUGCACAAGAUCGUGUCCCAAUCCCGCAGAAUCGCAAGGACAUAUGUCGGCGUUUUUGAUUGGCUAGUUUCUUACGCAUUUUGUGAUUAGUCCGAUUUGAAGUAAGUGUUGACAGGCCAAACAUGACUCAUAGCUCUUGACAAGAGAGAUUGAGCUCGUGAUAGUGUGAAACGUGACCUUAGAGUAGCUUGAACAACAGAGGUUUUUCUUGCUCUCUUUUUGCGUAAUUUAUACAGUGCAUGGAGUAUUCUACAAUUUGACUGAGCAAAUUUACAAGAAAAUUCUGGCCUUGAAGGAAUUAUCUUAAAGCAUUUUUUUCUUCAGAAGACGGCUUUAAAGUUGGAACUGCUCUUUUAUUGUUUACUGUAAACGAUCAUUGCGAUCCUCUCCCUCUACAAUUCGGACUUUCAAAAAAAAGUCCUUCGUCCGAUUUUUAUAUUGCGUGGGACCUGUCGUGAAUUUGUCGCUCGCUUGGCUGCUUCGCGGCCUAAAAAGCUCGCUCCGCUCGCUAAGAAACUCGUGAGCCUCGAUUUCGCGGAAGUUUCAAUGAUUUUUUUAGAAGCUUUGUCAUCAUUUAGCCAUUUUUCUUGAUUGUAGUAGGAGCCCUUGUCGCUCUCUGCUAAUUUCGAAGCCCACACUUUGCAAGACAAUUUUGUCGUCUUCUUUCGCCUUGGAGUCAAGGACGAAAACGGACAAGCUCUUUUUUCUUCUUUGGAGGCAUUCACUUCCAAAAUCCAGGGGGAAACAGUGAGCACUAUACUUGUAGACCACGUUUUCUGUCAAAUUGCGUGAUUAGCUUGGUUCAACAGUGGCAUGCGUAUCAAGUAUGACGGGACUUUUCAACGAUCAAUUAAAAUAAUCGGUAGUAUAUUGCUCGUAUCCUCCAAAUAUGGUAAGCCACAGCAAGUUAUUAGGAAUUAGCCUAUGGGGGAUUGGAGCCAACCGGAAACAGCGAAAUAUUUAUCUGACUUUGUGUGUUGAAUUUCCACCAAAAGUGUAUUAUCUUCCUGGCCCCGGUUAUAAUUAUUCAAAUGUUGGAUAGCAGUAUCGACCACAAAAAUCACUAUCCAGUGGAUAAAUUAUAGAGAAACCAGUUUCGUUAUCCACUGGAUAGAGAUAGUACAUAACGUUAUCCACCUUCUCAUGAACGACUGGGAUCAGAUCUCUAGUCAUGACACCACUGGACGGGCGCACAAACUUGUUAGGUAUUGUUCAAGAGUACUCCGCGGGGAAUACGGUGGCAAUAAUAUGACAGAGAGUCCAAGUAUGAACUAAAAUGUAGUCUUUUUAUUUGUGUAAGGAUUUUUCCUUCACACCAUUGGAACGGUGUAGUUUUGAAAGGAGUUGAAAUAUUUAAUUGUCAAAAGUCUUUUAGGUUACUUAAUCCCGAAUAAGAACCUGAAUGCAUGGGGAUGUUUAAGUGCUUUGAGGGUUUUAGCUCAGACCGAUAGAGUUUUGUUUUGCUCAAUAAGCUUUCAUGACUCAUCCUUUCCAGCCAGGCCAGCCUGUAUUCUUCAUGCAACAAAUGCGACCUCUCUGGCAGCCAAUGCAGCAGCUGCAGCAGAUGAGACCUUCAGGAAUGCAAGUUUCAGGGGAUGGGCAGAUUCCACGUGCAAAAGGCAUCCAUCAGGUGCCUCCCAGACAAAUGCCUGGACAGCAGCAGCAACUGCCACAUAGACCAUCGUACAAGUUUCGGCAGCCACAGACACAUCCAGGUGCAGCGCCAAUGCAGCAACAAGAACGUUUUCAACCGCCCAUUUGCAUACCAGUAAGUUUAAAAAAAUGUUGACACCAUUCAGCCAAAUGCAACCGUCACUUUCUGGUCAACAAAUAAUUGAACGGAGUAUAAAAAUAAUCUCUUAAAGCAGUGGCCGGAACAUAUAAAUAGCACAGCAAAUACUAAACAAAAAUGCAUGAGCGGAAACACUGUACUUUUGAGGGAAUUCGUUAUUUUGGGGUUCCACUAUUGUAGUACAAAAGUUUGGAAUCUUUUUUACUACAAGAACCAUUGAUUUUGCGACUUUGUUGUAUGUUAAUUCUCAGUGAAGGUAUCUAAUUGUGAAGCUUUCAGUCUGUGCAUUUUAGGUUCCUUCAAAAUAGUAUUCCUGAUUUCUUUGUUUUGAUCUUGUUUUGUUUUGCGAAAAUUGCUCAGGUACCUGUAGAAGGUAACGCAUUUUUUUUUAUAUCUGCAUGUCUUUACUGAAGGGACAAGAGCCACUCUACCGAAGUGUAAUGGCUUCAGUCUCCCUUGCAGAGCAGAAACAAAUGCUAGGUGAGCGUCUGUUCCCCUUGAUUCAAGCCACCUACCCUGAUCAGGCUGGUAAGAUCACCGGUAUGCUGCUGGAGAUUGACAAUUCUGAGCUGCUGUAUAUGCUGGAGUGCCGUGAGGCCCUGGAUGCCAAAACUCAAGAAGCUGUGUCUGUUCUCAAGGCUCACAAUGCCAGAAUGGAGGAAGCUCAAUUUGAGUAUGGUGUAUAACUCUGAAGGUUCACUUUUACGGGACGAGCACGUUUGCCAAAGUUUAAUUUAUGAUAAUUUGAGCACAGAUUGACGAUAAUUCAGAAGUGAUACGAUUUAUUAAUAAGUGUUUUUUCAUUAGUUCUCAAAAGUGUGUGGGUGUGUUAGUGUGCUCUAAGCUCAACGUUUCUCUGAAGUCGUCCUUUUAAUUGCAUGGCAACCUAAACUUUAGCUGGUGGUCGUCAGACAUAACAUAUUGAUGGCAAGAAAAAAAAUCGCACUAUAUUGCACUUUGGAUAGGGGACGCGAUUAAAAAAAUAGAGCGU